AUGUCCGACAUUGAAGACUAUGCCUACUCCCCCUAUGACGACCUAGAGGACAUUCUAUGGGACGCAGACCCAACUCCAGAGUUGGCUGACGACUUGGCCGAGCAUGCAGUCCACAGUCCUGUGUAUCAAGAGGAAGAUGCGGUUAAGAACGAGAUGAGUGAAUAUUAUAGUGACUGGGAAUACUACUCGGAUGACUAUAUGGACGACGAUCCAACGUUGCUGAGAAAAACUCUUCAAGCUGGCGACCCUGCAAAACACAUUUCUGCCGCUGCGCACGGCUCCAGAAGGGGCAAGAAGAGGAAGCUGAUCGAGACGAUUGACAUCCCUCCUUCGGGAUUGGACGAGGUCAAACUAUUGACUGGUGGCAUUAAAGGCACAAUUUGGGCUAAGCCCUCUGGGCAAAAGACUCCCGCGUACAAAGAUGGUCAAGAGGAGAAGGUGGCGCUCAUGAAGAAUUGGAAGGACAUUUUCGCCAUCAAGGACAGUGGCUGGACUCAGUCCCAGGGGCAAGCAGCAGAAGACGAGAGUUGGGCAAAUGACAUGAGUCUAGCCGACAUGGGGCUCAGACAUGUGCAACGGCAGCCGUCCCAUGAUCCCACCACUCAGGAUGCUGGAGCUGAAAUUGAAGAGGACGACGACUUUGCAGAGAGCAUUGCAGAAGGAGCCCUCGAGGAAGAACAUGAUGGACAGAUCAUCAUUUCGAAGGAAGGUCCUGGGUCAAAUUCCAUCGACUCCCGCCAUGCUGUUGUUGGCAAAGAAGAUGACGAGGGUGGUGGACGGUCCUCUCAUGGAGUGUUGGAUGAGGAUGAGAUACCUCGGAAAAAAAGACGAGUCAAGGCAGAUCCUCCAUCCCCACCAGACUCCAGUGAAAUUGUGGUUGUCGAUGCCCACGAAAAUGAAGUCAUGUCUAAAGCCGCAGCAUAUCACAAAAAAGAUGGACAAGAUAAGGAGCGCACAUCUCUGGUCAAUGGAACAGGGAUGUCGCGAGUCCAACCACCAGACAUCCACGAACCAGGCUCUCGAAGUGAGAACAAAAGAAAGGCUUCGGAAGAGCUUGAUGAGGUUGACCUCACGGCAUCAACUGCCAGCAGGGCAAAGAGAUUCGCUUCCAAGGCCGCAAGGAAUUCUCAAAAAGUUGCUACCACUGCACGCUCGACACAUUGA